CAAAUAAUGAUCUGUACUCCAUUCUUUUACUUCUUCCACUCCUCCCCCCUUUGCAAACUAUAAAUAUACUCUCCUCCUUUCUCUCUUCUUUCUAUUUGUUCCCUCUCUUUCAUUGCUAUUCUCCUAAGUUACAAGUUCUUCAUCUUUUUCAGGUUCUGCUUUCCUUUACAAUGGCCGAUAGAGUCCACCCCCGUGACUCGCCUCCAUCAUCUACAGAGUAUAAGCCGACGCCACCAUCCUCUUCGGAGCACCACCCACAGUCUCCCAUGAAACCUCCAGCUCCUUUGCCUGAGAAACCUAUUCCCCCACCUGGAACCUAUGUCAUCAAGAUCCCAAAGGACCAGGUCUAUCGUGUCCCUCCUCCAGAAAAUGCCAAGCGCUACGAGAAACUCUCUCGCAAGAAGCCUAGUCGCAGCACCUGCCGCUGCUGUUUUUGCUGGUUCCUUGGCCUCAUUCUUACCCUUAUUAUCCUCGCCGGCAUCGCCGCUGGUGUCUUGUACCUUGUAUUCCGGCCUAAAGCUCCUAAGUACUCGAUUGAUUCUAUAUCCGUUAAAGGUUUCAAUCUGUCUUCAUCAGCUUCUCUCUCGCCGGAAUUUGACGUCACUGUUAGAGCCGACAACCCUAACAAAAAGAUCGGGAUUGAUUACCGGUCAGGAAGCUCAGUUAAUAUAUAUUACAAUGACGUUAGGCUCUGUAAUGGUAAGCUGCCGGUAUUUUACCAGCCGAGCAAUAACGUGACUGUGUUUGUGACAUCGUUGAAGGGGUCGGGGAUUGAGUUAACGAGUGCAGUACAUAAGGCGUUGAUUGACGGAGAAAAUAAGGGAACGCUGCCGUUUAGUUUGAAAUUGAGGGCGCCUGUAAAGAUCAAGGUGGGGUCAGUUAAGACGUGGACGAUUACCGUUAAAGUUAACUGUGAUGUAACGGUGGAUAAGUUGACGGCAAACGCAAAAAUUGUGUCCAAGGAUUGUGAUUAUGGGGUUGACCUGUGGUAGGAAGGAGGAGGAAUAUCUUUUUUACUUUUUUUUUUAUUUUUUACAAUUUUUGUUUUAAAAGACUAAGACCAUAACCAGUAGUGGGAUACAUGUCAGUUGUUACAUAGAAAAAAAAUUGAGGGAUACAAUUAAUGAUAUAUAAAUAUGAUUAUUUUUUAA